ACGUCACUUCCGGCGGGGAGGCAUGGCGGGGCCCGGCCAUGGCGGACGCGGCGGCGCGGCGGGCGGUGGCGGAGCUGCCGCUGCUGCGGGCACCGGCGGGGCCGCGGGACCGCGAGGGCUGGGCCGAGCGGCUGCGAGAGGAGUACCGGGCGCUCAUCCAGUACGUGGAGAACAACAAACGCGCCGACACCGACUGGUUCCGCCUGGAGUCCAACCCCGAGGGCACCCGCUGGUCGGGCAGGUGCUGGUACAUCCAUGAGCUGCUCAGGUACGAGUUCAACAUCGAGUUCGAGGUGGCUGUCACCUUUCCGGGGGGUGUGGCACUGAGGGGGGCUGUCACCUUUCCGGGGGGGGUGGUGAUGUGUUCCAGGGGUGUCCCCACAGGCAGUGCCCUCUCCCCACAGCUCGGUCCCUGGCUGGCCGUGGAGAUCCCGGACCUGAUCUCCAAAGGCCUCAUCCAGCACAAGGACAAGUGACCAACACAAGUGGGGGGGACAUAGGGGGUCCCCCCACCCCCCUUGGGGGUCCCAUCCCCCCUCGGGGCUCCUCUGUUCCCCUCCCAGCUGCUGCCACCCCUCCCCACCGCUUCGCUGCUGCUCCCCAAUAAACACUGAACCCCG